GCUAAGAACGGGAAAUACGCCAUUUAGGAACUGCGCGCUUAGCAGCGGCGGAGGAACCUUCGUUCUGGGGGAGGGCGACGUGAGGCCUGAUCGCUUCCCCGGGCCGGCGGCUCCGCCAUGAACAGCGUCGGGGAGGGCUGCACGGAGCUGAAGCGCGAGUACGACCAGUGCUUCAACCGCUGGUUCGCCGAGAAGUUCCUGAAGGGGGAGAACGCGGGGGACCCCUGCGUGCAGCUCUUCAAGCGCUACCAGCUCUGCGUGCAGAAAGCUAUUAAGGAGAAAGACAUACCCAUUGAAGGGCUGGAAUUCAUGGGUCCCAGUAAAGGAAAAGCUGAAAACUCCUCCUGACCUUGUUUGGGCAUAUUGUGCCAUUACAAUGAACUUUUGGACUUGGAAAAAAAACCUCACAAAGACUAGAAGAUUGCCUUGGAUUAGCUGUUAUUUCUG